AUGCGUCGUUUGCCGGAAGAUUGGGACGCGCAGAGGAUCUUAGAAUGGCUGCAAGAGAACAGGAUCAGGCUUAGCCAGAUAGACUUUCUCUAUGUUCCUUUCGAUAAGCGCACAAACUGCAACAUCGAGCUUGCUUUCAUCAAUUUCCUUGACCACUCUGCUGCCAAAAAAGUCUACAGUCUCGUGGUGAGGCAGAACAGGGACCAUGUCUUCGAUGCCGUUGUCAAUACUGGAAACAUCCAGGGACUCGCGCGGAACCUGGCUUACUUCCUGGCACGGUUUGGCUUUCGGGCCAUCUGGGACGAGGAUGCACCGCUCAUCUUCAGAAAUGGCGUACAGCUCCAGGAUCGGGAGGAGGUUUCAAAGGUCUAUGGAUCUCUUCCCGAUGAGAUCAUCGAGGAAGCUGCCAGGUUGGUAAAAGCUGAGCUUGGCACUUCGGCUUCUCAUGGCAGCCGGCGUCGGGCGCAACAGUUGACCUGGAAGCUCGGUGCGGACUCCGACACACGAGAGACCGAGAUCCUUACUCCAAAGUUUGCCAUCGGCACAAAUGUCGUCCAGAUGGGUCUGGAAGACAGUGAGGAAGAGCUGUUGGCACUUCUACAGGAUGCGCAAGCAGAGCAGGCUUUCCGCGAAGAGACAUUCCCCGAGGAGGCAGCCGAGCAUGCGGCUAGCAUCGUCUGUGAACCGUCUCCGCAGAAU